AGUCGAAAGUCGACUUUGAGAUCCCUAGUAUAGAGAGAUAAAAUAUAACUAAAAUUUAUUUAUUUAUAAAUUUAAUUUGCAAUGUGCAAUUGAAAUGUAAAACUAAACGUUGCUAACAAUUUACACAAGUGAAGACGCUGCCAAAAGAUCCUAGUUUUGUUGGUGUAUCAAGUAGAAGUGUAUAAGUUUAGAAGUAAAACAGAAAUUGAGGUGUUGAGUGUGUACAAUGAAAAUAUGUGAGUUUGAAUGUUAGAAGUAACGAAGGAAUAAAAAAUAUCAUUACAAGGAAGCAGCGCAGCAAUAGCAACUCAUCACACCAAUACCAUACAUACCACCGCCACCACCCAAAACAUCAUAAAUAUUUUGAAAAUCUAAUCAUCACUAAAACAAUAAAAACACUUCGAGAUGGCUGAUUUAGAGGCUGUUUUGGCAGAUGUUAGCUACCUGAUGGCCAUGGAGAAAAGCAAGUGCACACCGGCAGCAAGGGCUAGUAAGAAACUAAUAUUGCCAGAUCCAAGUGUUCGCUCAGUCAUGUACAAAUAUUUGGAGAAAGAGAAUGAGUUGGAAUUCCACAAAAUAUUCAAUCAGGUUAUAGGCUAUAAUCUCUUCAAAGAUUUCUGUGAGAAUGACUCGGACGAACCCAUACAGCAAUUCAAAUUUUAUGAACAGAUAAAACAAUUUGAAAAAACCGAAUGUUACGAAGAACGUAAAAAAAUGGCCCGAGAGAUUUACGACAAUUUUAUAAUGCAGGAAAUGUUAUCGCACACCUAUGAUUAUUCCAAAGAUGCAGUUAUAAGCGUACAAAAAUAUUUGUUAAAAAAUGAAGUACCCACAAAUUUGUUUGAGCCAUAUAUCGAGGAAAUAUUCAGCUAUUUAAAAGGCAAGCCCUUUAAAAAGUUCUCAGAAAGUGAAAAGUUUACACGUUUCUGUCAAUGGAAAAAUCUGGAACUCAAUAUACAGCUCACAAUGAAUGACUUUAGUGUUCAUCGUAUUAUUGGUCGUGGUGGGUUUGGUGAAGUAUAUGGCUGCCGGAAAGCCGAUACUGGAAAAAUGUAUGCCAUGAAAUGUUUGGACAAGAAACGCAUAAAAAUGAAACAGGGUGAAAUGCUGGCAUUAAACGAACGUUCCAUGCUACAAGUGGUUAGCACUGGUAACGACUGCCCUUUUAUAGUGUGUAUGACAUAUGCUUUCCAUACACCAGAUAAAUUAUGUUUUAUAUUGGACCUAAUGAAUGGAGGUGAUCUGCACUAUCAUUUAUCACAACAUGGAGUCUUCAAUGAGGAUGAAAUGAAGUUUUAUGCAGCUGAGGUCAUUUUGGGCUUGGAACAUAUGCACAAACGUUUCAUUGUAUACAGAGAUUUAAAACCAGCCAACAUUUUACUAGACGAAAAUGGUCACAUACGCAUUUCAGAUUUGGGCUUAGCUUGUGAUUUCUCCCGCAAAAAACCGCAUGCUUCAGUGGGCACACAUGGCUAUAUGGCGCCCGAGGUGCUGUCAAAAGGCACCGCAUAUGAUUCAUGCGCUGACUGGUUCAGCUUUGGAUGUAUGCUAUAUAAAUUGCUCAAGGGUCAUUCACCUUUUCGACAGCAUAAAACCAAAGAUAAACAUGAGAUUGAUAAAAUGACGCUUACCAUGGUGGUGCAGAACGUUGAACUUCCCGAUACGUUUAGUCCCGAACUGAAAGAUUUAUUAGAUUUACUGCUACAAAGAGAUGUUGAUAAGCGUCUCGGUUGCAUGGGUAAUGGAGCUGAAGAGGUCAAAUCGCAUCCCUUCUUUUCGGGCAUCGAUUGGCAUCAGGUCUAUAUGCACAAAUAUACUCCACCACUAAUACCACCGCGAGGCGAAGUCAAUGCAGCCGAUGCAUUUGAUAUCGGCUCAUUCGAUGAGGAGGAUACCAAAGGCAUUAAACUCACAGAAUCCGAUCAGGAAUUGUAUAAAAAUUUCAAUUUGACAAUAUCGGAAAGAUGGCAACAGGAGGUGAUAGAGACUGUUUAUGAAACCAUAAAUCAAGAAACAGAUAAAGUCGAGCAAAAGAAGAAGGCCAAACAAAAGCAACACUUCGAUGCCGAUGAAAAAGAGUCUGAUUGUAUUCUACAUGGUUAUAUCAAAAAAUAUGGUGGCUCGUUUGCUUCCUUAUGGCAAACGAAAUAUGCCAAAUUAUAUCCAAAUCGCCUGGAAUUACAUUCGGAAAGUGGCAACAACAAACCAGAAUUGAUAUUUAUGGAUCAAAUUGAGGAUAUAUCUUCAGAUUUUGUACCUUACAAAGGUGAACAAUGUAUUCAAAUACGGGUCAAUGAUGGUUCAAGAGACGGACGAAUUUUAUUAACAAAUCCCGAUGAAAUCGGUUUAAAAGAAUGGGCCUACUCUUUACGUUCCGCGCACAAAGUGUCUCAAGAACUUUUGGGUUCAAUGGCGAAAAAGGCCGGCAAAAUUUAUGGCAGUGAACGUGAUGGCAAUAAAUCCAUGUAUAUAUUAGGAGGCAAUCCAAUGAAGAAUGCAAAUGGCGCAAAUUAGCGUCAACUUUAGUAGUAUUAACGUUUUUAAACACACAAACACACACUCCCAUCCAUAAACAACACAAUCCUACACACAUCCACAUACCCAAACUACAGGUCCCAGGCAUUUGUGGAUUAAACAUCAAUAAAAAAAAAGAAAAAUAAUAAGAAAUUAAAACAAAUAACAUAGAAUUAAGGCGUAACGACGAAAAAUAACACAAACAAAUAUCAUAGUGAACAAGAAAAAAAGUAAACAUGUGAAAAUGAACAUUAUGAUACAUACAGCUUCUCUUCAAAUUUAUAUAUAAACAAAAUCUUAAAUGCCAAUUAAAUGUGUGGUUAAAAUAAUGAAAAAAAAGAAAGCAAACGAAAAAAUGAAUAAUACCUUAAAACAAUCCUGUACACUAACAACAAAAAAUCACAAAAGAAACAAAAAAAAAAGAAGAAACUCUUAAACCAACAAAAAAAAACGCAUUUGUGUCAGUAAUAAAGUAAAUAUCAAGUAAUCAAAAA